GUUGUGUUUGUGUACUUACGUUUCCUAGGGCUAAGUUGUGAAUGUGAUAAAGUCCCCAUCCAGGCAAGCCUAGAGCUGCAGUUAUUAUGAAGAAACUGGGAAAAAUCUCGUACCACAUAUUGUCUAAUCGAAUAAAUUACACAAAUAAUUUCGCACUCAAUAUCUUCAUCAAGCGGAUGACAGUAAACUGUGUGUUGCCAGAUUCUGAUUUAAGAAUAUUUCAACAAAAACCAGAUAUAAAAUCAUCAAAAAUGGCAGACGUACCGAUCGACUGUGAUUUCCCCGUGUGGGGAUUAUUGCCGAAAAAAGAAACAGGGGUUGUAUCUUUUCUGACUAAAAAUCCAAAUUAUGAUGGCAGAGACACUGUUAUUGCAAUUUUUGAUUCGGGUGUGGACCCUGCGGCGUCUGGAUUGCAGGUCACGUCCACUGGCCAGACUAAAGUAAUUGAGAGAUUCGACUGCAGUGGUUGCGGUGAUGUGGAUACUAGUACAGUCAUAAAAAAAUUGAAUGAUGGAUGCAUCACCGGCGUUACUGGUCGCAAACUGAAGAUACCAGAAUCAUGGAAGAAUCCCACUGGAUCUUGGAGGGUGGGUGUGCUUCACCCUUUCAGUCUGUACCCGACUAAACUUAAGGAGCGAGUUCAGGAGCACCGUAAAGAGCACACCUGGGACGUCGGCCACAAACCCGCACUGGCUGAGGCUACCAAACUCUUGCAGGACUUUGAAUCUGAAGUUGUGUCCAAAUCUUCAAACAUUAGUCUUGAAGACAAAUUGUUAAAAGAGGAACUAGAGGCAAGAGUGGAGGUCCUUCAGAAUGCAGAGAAGAAAUACAAUGAUCUCGGGCCUACAUAUGAUUGUGUGCUGUUCCACGACGGUACAGUUUGGAGGGCGUGUAUAGACACAUCGGAGUGCGGCGAUCUAUCGUCGGGCCCGCUGCUGGGGGAGUACAGCGUGACGCACGAGCACCAGCACCUCACGGCGCUGGACGAGAUGACGGUCAGCAUCAACGUGCACGACGACGGCGCUCUGCUGGAGGUGGUCGGCAUGUGCUCAACGCACGGCACGCACGUAGCAGCGAUCGCGGCGGGCUUCUUCCCCUCGGAGCCGGACAAGAACGGCGUGGCGCCGGGCGCGCGCGUGCUGUCGCUCACCAUCGGCGACAGCCGCCUGGGCUCCAUGGAGACCGGCACUGCGCUCGUCAGAGCUUGCAUCAAGGUCAUGGAGCUCUCCAAGAAGAUGAACAUCGACGUCAUCAACAUGAGCUAUGGGGAGCACGCGCAUUGGUCUAACGCUGGACGUAUCGGCGACAUAAUCUGUUCGGUGGUGAACCGCUACGGGGUGUCGUGGGUGGUGUCGGCCGGCAACCACGGGCCCGCGCUGUGCACCGUGGGCGCUCCGCCCGACAUCGCGCAGCCCGUGCUCAUCGGCGUAGGCGCAUACGUAUCCCCGGAAAUGAUGUCAGCGGCGUACUCGAUGCGGGCGAAGCUGGGCGGCGGCGCGUUCAGCUGGAGCUCGCGCGGGCCCGCGACCGACGGCGCGCCCGGCGUCGCCGUGUGCGCGCCGGGCGGCGCCAUCGCCUCCGUCGCCAGAUUCACUCUAAGAAAUUGCCAAUUGAUGAACGGCACGUCUAUGGCCGCUCCACACGUCGCCGGAGUAGUUGCCGCACUAAUAUCCGGGAUGAAGGCAAAGAAUUUGAGCUAUUCGCCAUAUUCAGUGAAGAGGGCUUUAGAGAAUUCUGCUACGUAUCUGAAUCACGUGGAGCCGUGGGCGCAGGGCAACGGGCUUGUUAACAUCGAAAAGGCAUUCGAAAUCCUAAGCUUAUACCACGACCAACCCGACCGUGACGUGACGUUCAACAUCCAAUGCGGCGCCAGUAAUGAUAAGGGCAUAUUCCUACGGCCGAAAAUCGACGAUGUACCGAAAGAUAUUGGGAUCACCGUCGAGCCGCAGUUCUUGCAAAAUCAUCUUGAUGCUGAGAACAAGGACAUGAUUCCGAAGCAGAUCUCGUUCUCAGUGCGGCUGGCGCUCACGUGCGAGGCCGGUUGGCUCUCGAUCCCGCAGCACCUCGACAUGAUGAACGCCGCCAGGUCCAUCUCCAUCCGCGUCGACCCCACUAGCUUAUCGCCUGGGGCGCAUUUCACUAGUAUAAAUGCGUAUGACGUCGCUUGUCCGGAAAAAGGGCCAGUGUUCCGCGUAGCAGUUACAGUGUUACAACCACAGCCUUUAGAACUCGCCGCGCCAUCUUGUCCGCAGUUGAACGAAACGCAAGUUCUGUUCAAACCCGCCACAAUCAAGAGGCACUUCGUUAUUGUGCCACCCGAAGCUACGUGGGGCGUGCUCAGAAUAUCGACACAGGACAAAGAGAAGAUUGGCCGCUUUCUGGUCCACACGAUGCAGAUUGUGCCCAGGAAGUCGUGUCGCAGCCACGAGACGCAGAAAAUGAUUAAUGUCACUGCCGAAGCGCCUACAACACUGCCUUUCCAGUUAUAUGGCGGCGUAACGCUAGAAAUAGUGAUCGCGAAGUACUGGGCGAACAUAGGCGAGCUGGUGGUGGAGUACAGCGUGGAGUUCCACGGACUGAAGCCGGACUUCGGCGCGCGACUGGUGGUGCGCGCGGCGGGCGGGCUGCGCGGCGCGCGCGUGCUCGCGCUGCGCCUGCAGGAGCUCGCGCCCAGCGCCUGUCUGCGGCACCACGACUCUGUGGCCAGGCCGUCGGAAUCAAAACUGAUGCCGCUCACAGCGAGAGACGUGAUCCCGCCCAGCAGACAGAUAUAUCAGUUGAUCAACACGUACAACUUCCACAUAGCCAAGGGCACUGACGUGACCCCAAUAGUAUCGUUGUUGUGCGACAUGCUGUACGAAUCUGAGUUCGAGUCCCAGAUGUGGAUGUUGUACAACAGCUGCAAACAGCUCAUGGCCGUCGGCGACGCUUAUCCGUCCAAAUACUCAGUGAAGCUAGAGAAAGGCGACUACGUGCUUCGUCUGAACAUCCGUCACGAUAACCGUUCAUUACUAGAGAGGUUACAAGAGUUGCCUGUAUUAAUACAACAACGAUUGGCUCAACCUAUCACCUUGGACGUCUAUUGUUCUCAGCCUCAGGCGCUCACUGGUGGCAAGAAAUUCAACUCAAGUUCACUCCCAAGUGGCACAAUACUACCUGUGUACUUCGCUCCGGUGCCCGCCGACAAGAUCAGCCGCUCAAACCUAACAAUAGGUCACCAACUAACGGGCACAGUGACCUUCGCAAAAGACGAGCUCGGGCGUAAAGUGGACUCCUAUACUCUGCACUACGUGCCGUGUGAACCUCCCAAGCGGCCGUCGCAACCCAAGGAUAAGGAUAAACCCAAACAUGAAGAGUAUUUGGAUGCGUAUAAGGAGUUCGCUACCAACUGGCUGUCGAAAUUGGAGGGGGAUAAACUAGAGCAAGUAUACGAAGAGUUAGUAGACAAAUGUCCUGGAUACCUCGGCGCGCAUAUCGCGUACUUACACGGCAUUGAUUCGCCCACGGACCCUAAGAAAUUACCUCAUGCUAAAGAAAUCCCGAAUGUGACGACAGCCUGGUGUGAACAAUUGAGUUCGAUAGCAGACAAGGUAAUCAACGCAAUCGACCAGGAGAAAUUGUUAGCGUAUAUAGGCAUGAAGAAUGACACGAGAAGUGACGCUAAUAAAAUUAAACAAGAACAAGAGAAGCUGCGCGGGUACCUGAUAGAGGCGCUGUGCCACCGCGGCGUGGCGCUGUGUCGCCUGCGCGCGCUCGGCGCCGCGCUCGACGCCGCGCUGCAGCGCAACCUCGCCGACCUGCUCAAGUUCACCGACCUCGCCGACACUAAGGCAAUCCACUACGGCGUAUGGCACUGCUUCACAAUGGAGCACUGGGGUCGCGCCAUCAAACUGCUCACCAAAAUCCAAGAGGAACGACCUUCGAAAGAGAUAGAAGAACGCAUCAUAGAGUGCUACGAACAGCUGGGAUGGAAACACCUGGCAGCCUCCGCUCAGCUUCAGAUGCCGAUCAAGUAUCCCAGUGGAUACAGGCCUUUCUGAACUCGUAUGUCCUUCGCCUUAGUUUUUAUUGCUCUUUCAUAAGGUGUUUCAUUUUGACAGUGAAAUUUAGAUGUUUUAUUGUUCGUUUCUCGCUCGUGGGAAUUUUGAGAAAUCUGGUCAUAUUCAACAAAUCGUAAUGAAAUUAAAUCCUUCAAGCUCCCAACGAUAGUGUGACAAGAAUUAUGUAUACCAAUGGGUGCAGGACACCUAGAUUUCGUCUUUCUUGGCGUGUAGUAUUUGAAAGCACAUUAAUUUAAAUGCUUGAAUCAUUUUCCACACAAAGUAAAAUAAAUAUAAUAUUUCAUCAUCACGACAUCCGUGCGUUGUAAAAUAACAACAUUUUUAAUUUAUGUUUUCAUAUUCGUGUCGUUGACUCACAUUAGAGUUCAACAAGAACGAAUUUAAAAAUAGAAGAAGAAAAUUGUAUAAAUUAAUUUUUCUCAAAAUUCUCACGUUCAAGUCUCAUAAAAUUUGCAUUUUUUGCAGCGCUAUUUUAAUACGAUUACUGUGCAGAUUUAUAAUUAAAUAUGACAAUCAUAAAGCAGUCAUAAUAUAUUCGAAUAGAAAGAGUAAAGAGUCAAAGCAAUAUUUUACUCGAGCGUGAAUCGAUUUGUAUCGUUAUUUGAAUUGGAUAAACAUUAACAUCAUAACAAAACAACUCAUUUAACGCUCGUCGAUGUACCAUUUAUUUAGUAUAUUUUAUUCAAGAAUAGUACAGGUCGUUUUAUGCCCAAGUAAUAUUUGUUAUUCAACCUAUCACGCGUUUAGAUGUUAUACAUAUAUAUACCAAUAUAUUUACACGAUAGAGAUGUUAUAUAUUAUAAUAAAUCAACUUAAAUACAUUUAGAUAGUUCGCUUGACUGAAUAUACAUAGUUAAAAUGCCUUUACCGUGAAAUGUUUUCAAAUAAUCUAAUCGGUAAGAAAAAUCAAAGUGGGAAAAUGCUCGUACAAAUUUAUAAUCAAAUCUAAAUGCGCACUUAUUAAAUGUUAUUACAAUAAAUUUUGUAUGAAAUUUUUACAGUAUUUUAAAUUCUUGUUAGUAUACACACACAAGAUUUGUUAUUUACAAUAAAAUGAGUAUAAUAAAAUUAUGUGAGAUUGUUGACGCUAGAGUGUUAUGACUUUGCUAAACUUUCUUACCUUAAUAAUUGAUAAUAACUAAAAUAUUUCACUUUCUAUUGUUUGACCCUGACUUUUUUCAAAUAAAUCUGAAUACAGUAUCUUAUUUUAAUACGUAGGAAGUAAACAAAUUUUACUUAACUUUUAUGGUUUUCUUAACAAUGCCUUCAUUUCAUUGUUACAAAAAAUAAUAACCGAAGAUAUGAGAACCUCUUUUGUAAGAUCGGUUUAUAAUUGCCUAACGUACACCAGCUGUACUGUAAAUACACGUGACUAAUAAUAGUAUAAUUAAUACAUUUAGUACCGAAUUGUUUUAAUGAUUACAUAAUUACUUUUAAGACAUUGCUAUAUUAGUUCGUUUCUCAUUGGACGGAGAAAUUUAAGUAAGAAUGAUUUCACGUUCAACGGAUUUGAUAGAGGUGACAAAAACAUAUUUUGUGUGCUCAAUCGAAUGGUCAUUUAUUUUGUAUUUUCAAUAAUAAGUUGAAAACAUUUAUAUAAUUUUUAUUUUUCUUAGAAUUUCCACGAAUGGAUGAGGAUGAAUUUGCGCAAAUGCUCUUCGAUCUAUUGUAAGAAAAGUUUAAUAUAAGUUUGAAAUAUUUUAAUAUGUGACUGAAUUUGUGCUAAGAAAACUUAGUGAACGAAUACGUACCACUGACUGUCUGAUCAACCAUGUAUUGAUAACGAAAAAUGGAGAUUGUCCAAUCCAACUGAAUCACUCCAACUGAAAAUAUAAAUUUGAUACGAGUAUCAAAGUCGGCGCGAGGUCAUGGCAGAACAUAAAAUGACUGAGAAAGAAUCUAUUUUAACUUGUGCUUAGAUUUAUUCAGAGCUAUAGUCGAUUUCUAAGCCACACAGAUAAAAAGAAAACAUUGCUCUGAUGCUACGUACGUAUCGCCAAGGUCGAACAGUGAAUACUUGAAAGUUACACUAGUUCGGUACAAUUAUUAUUAUCGAUACCGAUCUUUAUACUAGAUCUUUUACUCGGUACUCGUAUUUGCUUGCAUGGAGACAGGCGAGUGAGGGCUGAUAACAAAGUGAAUCAAGAGCGAACCCCAAGAUUGAUUCUCUAAUCCUUGCGUGUUCCUGGUUUCAUUCGGGGCUGUGACGCUGCAAAGCCCGGGGUCAGCGUAAAAUAUCCAUUAUAUGCUGAACACCGAUUCCCUUCGUCUAGCCUCUCGUUACCCCGCGCGCGGACUCAGUUAAAAGACCUCGUUUGUUCAUUAGUUUUACUAGUGGGUGAAGUGCGGGUUCAUUUCACUUCUCACCAGCGAACCAAUCACAUUGCGCCAUUGUGACGCAACGAUAGCCACACUGCAAUGUGAUUGGUUCGCUGUGUCUCACUUCGAAUCGAUUCGAUGGCGAGAAGUGUAAUGCAAACCGGCACUUAACCCCUUGGUUCGUCUUAUUAGUUCGAUCGUCGAACGAAUGAGAAUUUUUUUUCUCAUUUGUUAGACCAUCUAAUUUAAAUGAGAAAAUAUUUCUACUACAUUUAAAAGUUUUACCAAACCUAUGUCUAUUAUAGUUUGUUUGGCCGUGUAGUAUUUUUAUAUAGUUAAUUUACGAUUUUUAUUUUAAAUCUUAACAAAUGACCUCAUUAGUGUUACUAUCUCAGGUGCGUCAAGCUAGCCAAGCGGCUGUAGUCAAAUUUAUCUUUAGGAUUUUUUUUCGUCAACUGCGGACGUGUCACGAAUACGCUAGAAUAUAUCAUACUAAAUAUAUAAAUUGUUUUCAUUACAUAUGUUUUGCAUCUUGCCAUAAUCGAAUUAAAAUAAAAUUGAAACACGAGGGUGGCGAAGCAAUUGAAAAUAUUCGCAAUUUAUUGUAAAGCAUUUAAGGUUAGGUAAUAUCAAUAUUAGUUUUUUUUAGCAAACUUUGUGAACUUCGUGCACGAUGUGCUUGUGGCAGAGAGUGGGUCAUUAAAAUUUCAAACUUCAACUUAUAUAAUUGAAAACUUUCAACUUCAGGGAUUAUAAUUUGAUAGAAUAUUUUUGUUUUCGUUUCAUCAUACUUUACCCCGUAGCCGUACGUGUCGUGUACGAUGUUGGCACACAAACCUGCAGUUGACUAAGCUGCUACAUUUGAUUUGUAUUGACACUGUCGUGCUUCGUGAUUAUGAUAAAGGCAAUAUUUUUAAGCGAAUUGUUGAUCGACGAGGUAAUAAAAUAUUAUUUGAUGA